CAACGAUGAGAACACCACCACAGCACAUAUGAAAUGGACGCCUCAGAACCGAAUAACGUGGACACUGGUCCUUCACAGGAAGAUUUACGCGACCAUCCGUGCGAAAACCGCCCUAGAUCCGCUCAUGAUGCCUCAGAACCAUCUCACCAUGACUUUUUUUGUUCGCCGACACCGACACCUUCUGUUCCUGACAAAGACAGUCCUGACAAAGACAAUCCUGACAAUAAUGAGCUCGAUGGUUUAGCCUCGACUCUUUCUUCAUCACCGAGCAUGGCCACGGCUGUCCUAGUGCGAUCCGCACCUGAGCCGCCGGUUCCAAACCUACCCACACUCAGCCUAACCGGCAACGAUCCACCACGAGACGAACCGGACGAGAAUGAGGAAAAAGGCUACUAUUAUGGGCUUCCUUCACGUCCUCGCUUAAUCGCUCGGUCCAGUACACAGCCAUGGCAGCAGAGCUAUAUCCUUUCAUUCCCUCGGCCAAAGACUCUCCAAGUCGUCGAGCGCAGCCAUCCCAUCGCUGAGGUAUGGUGCACGGGGCUUUACAAAGAGAUCGUCGAGGUUUUGAAGAAUGUUUCAUUUACAACUAUCGAUGUGGUCCGAAUUGGUUAUCCUCAAGCAGGUGAAGACGAGGAACUGCCUCCGGUGGUGCUCUGGAUCGGCGUCCAACCGGGCAGUUUGUCUUCGCGUGUCGGAAACAAAAUCGUCGAAGCCUGCGUUGAAAUCUUGCGACAGUACCAGCUUGUCGAUGUUCAAUGUGAGAUCAGAGAGUCGGAAUAUCGGCAGACCACAUCGUCGCCCACAUCGUCGCCCACAUCGUCGCCCACAUCGUCGCCCACAUCGUCGCCCACAUCGUCGCCCACAUAUCUGGCACCUGAAACAGCUACCUUGACGUCGGGAUUCCCAGCUCAGCUAAUCGCUUCGCCUGGUCACUCGAUCAACCUCGAGGGUUCCACCGCUCACGGCAGUCUCGGCCCUUAUCUCCGAGCUGGCAAAAGCAACCCAGAUGCAGAGUGCGUAUAUGCUCUUACCUGCAGACACGUCGCCCUUGCUCUUACCGAACACGACAAAGACUUUGAUUGCAAGCGUGCCGGCCAGCCGCGUAAGAACAUCCUGCUUCCCUCAGACGCCACCGUGAUUCAAGGCCUCAAGCACAUCGACACCCACGAGGAGGUAAAUCAAGCGAUGAGACUCCGCCUUCGGGAGAAGUUGAAGGUCUCUCUGCCGGAGGAGAGGGAGAGACUAGAAGAGAGACUAGAGCGGCUCCGUCAAGAGACAACACUUCGAGAAACCGAUCGAAAGCUCCUGUCCACUUGGGAACCGAAGGAGAAUCGCGUGUUCGGCCACGUCGUGACUUCCCCCCCACUUCAGGUUGCGGAUUCUAUCGACCCAUCGCGCCUUGGAUCAGUUGUUGACUGGGCUUUGAUAAAGGUCUACCCAGGAAAACACCCAGACGGGAAGGUGACGAAUUGUAUCAAUUUCAACACCGAGGACAAAGAUCGGCUGAUAGACAUGGCGUACCAUCAUCUUGAGCACCAUCCAAACUCAGGACUCGAUCAGCUUGACGAAGGGAGGCUGUGUCUUGGUCGAUCAGUACCAGUCAAUGAGCUACACUACCGCUUCAAACCAAUUGAGUUGCUGCCGGAAAAGGAAUCCCAUCGCCUACUUGUGGGUAUGAAAGGCGCAUACAGUGGUUUGACAUGUGGACAAGUCAACGGGGUGGACUCAGUCGUGUGGCACCAGCACAUCAACAAAGGCACCAUCAGCAUGCUGUCUAUGGAAGUAUGUGUCCUUCCCUUCCCCAGAGCCAACGAAAAGGCUUUUUCUCAUUUUGGAGACUCCGGUUCGGUUGUUUUCGAUCUCGAGGGCAGGAUUGUUGGAAUUGUACACGGUGGCUCGGGUUCACUGCACAAGGUGUCAAUUGACAUUACGUAUGUGUCUCCGAUGGCGGGAAUUCAACAGGGACUGAAAGAGCGUGGGUACAGCGUCGAAAUCGCUUAGGCAAGCUGGGGGCUGCACUCGGCCUUCAUUUCAGGUUUCAGGGGAGCUGCGUGCGGGACAACAUUUUCUUGUUUUCCCAUAAACUCCAAGUGUAUUCUAGCUUCAUCGCUGUCGGAGACUUUCCACUUCGGCUCUCCAUGACUCUCGAGCGACGAUAGGGAUCUUCCGGCCUGGUCGUGAUGGAUUCACAAGAAGAUCAGACGAGUUGACCAAACCAGAUCCACGAGACUAUAUACACGGAUGACUGGGAGCUUCGUUGUUUCUAAGGUGCCUCCUUUUAUCGGCGUAACUUUCGUGGUGGGUAGACCUGGAACAAACGCUCGAGGAAACACCACAGUUGGCCCCAUUGCCGCCUGUCUACAGGCACAGCAAGGCUGACGUUGUAUAAGCUGCGUCGAUUGUUGCCUAUCCUGUUCAACACGAGAUCCAUCACGCUCAUAAAGACCGACUCGCCUCUGGUAGGGUCGAGGAGGGAAUAUGCCGUAGUGAAUUUCCAGGGAAGCCCCCCCUAGAUCCUCUUUUUUGGGCCCUCGGUAAAACUUGACAGUCUAGAGGAGGGAUGUUACCGCUAACUAGGACCUAACCGAGGUGUCAUUUUCUUUACUCUUAUACUAGCUGUCAUUAGAUCAAAUUAUU